CAUCACCUCAGUUUCCAAUAACCUGCGAAAUCUCACUAUUUUCUGGCACAAUUUACCCUAUUGAACUCGAGUUUUGUAUAUGGUUGUCCAGUAAACGCUCGUUCUCAACAGCCUACAUCAAUAUGGAUCAACAACUCCCUCUCUCUCCGCCUUCUGAGCCGACGCCUUCUCCCACAGCCAAGGCGGUCCCGCAGGACUCCCCUGUCCGCACCACUGCGAUUCACGAACUGCUACCUGAGAUUCGUAUUCCGGGCGAACCAUUACCGCCGCACAAAUACCACCCAGUUACUUGCACUCCCAUCGAUGAAGAAGAAAUACGCUCCCAGAUUGAACAACUACGCCAGGAAUAUCCGACACCAGAAGCGGCCCUGAAGGCGCAAGAAGAAGCUGCCAGGGAAGUGAGGCAAAAGCUGGAAGAUGCCGAGAAGAAGCGCGAAGAAGUGCAGAAAGCUAUGGACAAGAAGAUCAAGGAACGCAACACAGAGAUGAAGGUCUUGUCCAAAUACCAAGAAGUCAAGACUUCGAACAUUGCGUCUUAAAUAAUG